AUGACCACCGAGGUGCGAAGCAGGCGGCCGGACGGCACCCUGAGACCAGCGGUGCGCGUGCGGGAGGGAUAUGUGCCGCCGGAGGAGCAGGCCAAGUACUCCGACCAGUGGAAGGACGAGUCGCAGCCCGCAGGCAUCCCGGGCAUGGAGUAUGGCGCGGCGGCCAAGCCGCUGAGCAAAACGGCGGCGAAGAACAAGCGGAGAAACGAGGCGGCGCGAAAAAAGAAGGAGGUGGACGCGCUCCUGCACGAGGAGGGGGGCGAGCGCGAUGCGACGCCGACUGCCGGGCGCGGAGCCACAGCGCCAGCAGUAGGGGCUGCCGGGGAGACGCCCGCCGCCGGUGCGGGCGGUGCGGGCGAUACCGAGGGUGGGGGCGAGGCGAGCGAAGUCGAGCGGAAACUCAAGGCGCUGCGCAAACGGCUGCGGCAGGUCGAGGAGCUCGAGGAGCGAAAGGCGAACGGCGCAGCGCUCAACCCGGACCAGGCUUAG